CCUAUCCCUGUGGAUUUCACAAUCAUGAGAAGGUUAGCAAGCAAAUAGAUUCCAGUGUGUGUACCACAGGCUGUGCUUGACACUACUGUUGCUGCAGGGACAAACUGGAUUUUUUUGCCUUUAUGAAUCUUUUCACACUCUUCUGGAAUUAUUUUCUCAGAGCUGGCAGCUUCAGCUAAAGACAAACCAGUUUACUGACUCCAUGGAGAUGAACUAAAAAGUUCUGCUUUAAGGAAUCCGGCAAUACAGUCUCACCAUCAUGAUCACAUGGCUGUUAUUUGUCUCACUGUUCUGCAACAGUGCACAAGAUGGAAAUUUAAAAGACGAGGCUGUUUUUCACUGUGGACCAAAGAAUAUAAAGGUUACCACUUCAGACCACAGAAUCCUGGUAACAUGGGAGGAUGACCAAAUGUGCAUGUCAGUACAUGACGUGCUGAUGUAUGAACUGGAGGUGCUCAUAGCUGACAAGCCAGUACUUUAUAAGGAAGUCGCUGUUACUCCAGAUCAGAUAGGAUCUACUCAUUCCUGGAGCUGGUCACCCCAUUUACCAUUGGAGUGUGCUUUUCUCACAAUACAGCUCAGGUCUCGGUCCGAAAACUGGACAAGCCAGUGGGAACGGGAGCAGCUAAAUCCUGCAGGCCACAUUCACUCCGUUAUGCCAGAGGUUUAUCCACGAGACGAGAUCUUUCAAGUUGGCAGUAAAGCUACCUUCUGCUGUGUUCUACCAAUGGGAGGAGAUUUGAAGAAACUGUAUCUAACUGGACAAAGCAGCACUAACCGGGAGAUUAGCAAGAUCAACAAUCAUACGUAUACCCUGACUGUCGACUUGAACAAACCAUCAAUGACCAGUUGCACCGAUAUAAUUUGUGAAACAACGACAUCUGACAAUGGGGCUUGUGCUUACGUUGGAUAUCCACCUGCUGAUCAAGAUCUCACCUGUGAAACUCAGGAUUUCCAAUCAGUUGAGUGUCUGUGGACAGUGGGACGAAACACACACUUGGCUAUCGGGAGUCCAACAAACUACCAACUACUUGAAAGUAAUUGUGCGGAGGGGUCCAAUGGGAGAUGCUCUCACAAAGUGCGAGUGGAUUUUGGAGAAAGGAAUUGGACUUUAACAGCACAAAACAAACUUGGUACAGUCAAGCUCACUGAUAGGGCAGACCUAACUAAAAGAGUGCACAUGUUUGCCCCACAACAAGUUAAAGUCUCAUCAGUGAAUGCCAGUAAUGUCAGACUAGAGUGGGAUUGGGCAAUACAAAUGUACAACGAUUUCAAUACAACAUGCCAACUAAACAUCAGUGAUGGAGAAACACAUGCAGUAAGAGAAUACUAUGUUGGAGUUGGUCAUAAUUUUGCAGUCAUAUAUGACUUGAUUCCCAACUGGACAUACAAGGUGAUGAUGCGAUGUGGAACAACUGAACAUUUCUGGAAGUGGAGCGAGUGGAGCUCAAGUGUCGAGUUCCACACGAUGGGCGAUGUUCCAGAUGCUCUUGAUAUAUGGAUGCAGAAAAAAGACAGCCAAACUAUAAUCACUUGGAAAGUACCACUCGCCAACCAAAGCCACGGCGACGUCAUAGAUUAUGAAAUUAACUGGGCACCAACCUCUGAAAAACAAAACCAAUCCAGAGUGAUCAUGCACCCACAGCACAGUUUUGCUCUUCGUCUGGACGCCAUGAAAGACUAUGCAGUCAGUGUGAAAGCCAGGAAUAAAUAUGGAAACUCUUUUCCUUCAACUAUCACCAUCCCAAUCCUCAAUGCAGGAAUUAGUAGAGUUAAGUCAUCAAGGGCACAAGGCAUUAACGGUGGUUUCAACCUGUCUUGGUCCUCCAGUCCAAUCGCUAGCUGUGGCUACAUUGUGGACUGGUGCCCCAUGAUAGGCCCGUGCAUAGUAGACUGGUUGAGAGUCCCUCCCACUCAAACUAAUGUCAGUAUAUUUUCAAGAAAUUUAAGAGAGGGAGUUAGAUACUUGCUAUCGAUACAUGCCUGCACUCAAGGAGCUCCAGUGUUACUUGAGCGACUAGAAGGAUAUGUCAAAGAAAAAAUCAUACAAGACAAUCUUUUUAAAACACUGAAAUGGAAACAGAGGGAUAUGGAUGUUGUGGUGUCCUGGGAUCCUUUAGCUCUGCAAGAGCAGUCUGCUUUCAUCCAAGGCUACAUUUUAUACUAUCGGGACCACAACAGCAGCAGUAUCAUGAGUGUCAGUACAGACAAUCCCCAGGACACCAGCUUAACAGCAAGAAACCUUCAAAUCAGCUCUUACACAUUCACAGUAAAGGCAAAUACAACUGUCGGACAAUGUGGUGCUACAUCCAUCAUUGUUACCUUGAAUUCACUGACUGAUAACUUGAUCAAGGCUGUUGGCAUCACCAUUGCAACUAUUUUUGUUCUCCUCUGCUUAAUUGUCACCCUUUGCUACAGAAACUGGGAAUGCAUCAAACUGAAGGUCUAUCCUCCAAUUCCAAUGCCAGUACUGAAGGAUAAAUGGAUGACAUCACUGACGAAACAAAGUUGGCGUCCAGUAUUUGUGGAAAUGAAUCACCAAGCUGAAGCAGAAUUAUUGGCUAUCCCUGAGCUGCACUGCAAAUCAGAAGCACCAAUGAUGGGUUGUGCUGACCAGGAAAAUGUUUCUUCAGAAACGACAAACGGAUGCUGUAACGAGCCAGUUGAAAAACUCGCCACACAUAGCACCACUGUUCCAUGUCAGCUACCAUUACUACCACCGUCACCACCACCACAAUCAUUAUCUCUUGCCAUGGAUGAAAAUCUCAACCCUUCAUUAAACCUGAACUCAUCAAACUCUUCAGCAACAGGUUCCAAUGGAUAUCAGCCACAGAAGCGAAGGGAACACCUAGAAGAAGCUCCACAUAAUCCUUUGCCUUGUGUCUUAACUUACAUUUCGUUGCCGUAAAUACUUUCAGAAUAGUUGAUGCACACUCAUUUUAUUAUAGAGUAAGAGAAAUAUAGAGAAGUAUAGAGAAACAGUAAAGACACUGAAUAGCACUUUUGUCGUUUACAGAACACAUAAAGCACUUUACAGCAUCAAUGUUCACCUGAAAUUUUAUGUAAUGUUACUUCGCAUGCAAUUGUUACAUUAAAAGUGAAUAUCUUGUUUUUUUUUUCCAAGAUAGCAUAGAUUAAAAAAACGGAACACAAACAGUAAAGUGCAGCUCUUUUUCCCCCCUUAUGAAUUAGUUCAUGAUGGGCAACUUAAAUGAUGGGCACGGUUCUUAAUUUCCUCAUGCCAAAAUACAAAAAUAUAUUCUUAAUUCAGAAAAAAAUAGUCUGUGUGGGUGUGGGCCAUUUGCCCAUCUCAUAUGCGCCAUUAUAUGUAUUUAGAUUUGACAAUUACUUGGUAGUAUUUCUAUCUUCAAACAUCACACAAUGUUAAUACUAAAGACAUGGCAACAAUGUUAUUUAGAAUGUGAGGAAUUCCUCUCUCAACAUCAAAUUAAACCAUGGAAGUAGGCGCUGACCUUAAAGCAAAACAUGCCAAAAUGGUUCAAGCGAUCAAAAUGACUUUUCUCACGUGUGCUCGCCUUGAGCGAUAGGAUGAGAAGAUUAAUCAUCUGGGAGAGGUGAUGAGAGUAAUGAGGAGCCAAAUGAGCUGGCUCAGGUUUAGGUGCGGAUCCCACGCGGACAAGUCUUGACAAAAUGGGGAGAGUGUAGUCUCAAUCUCUCUUAGUUUGAUGCCCCUGCGACCUGACACCUGAUAAGCAAAAGAUGGAUUGUUGCCUUUUAACUAUAUAUUCUCUCGAUUACAUUUUUCGCUACUUACUAAAGACCAGUUUUGAUUGACAUUUCUUGAGAUGUAUUUCUAUGGGUGUAUUAAUUGGACUGCGUCCUAAUAAAAGCCAUCCAUUUUA